ACACCACUCUCAAAGAGACAAUGCAAAGUAGGGUGGAGGAAGAGUCCCAAAUACUUAGAGAUGGCCAGAAAAGCAAGAGAAAGGGCCAUGAGAGUAGUGGGAGCAGCCCAUCAACAACUGAACCCCUCCCGGCUGAUGGGUCUUCUGCUAGUCUUGUACAGAAACCUGUACCCCUGAAGAGAAGUCUCGCGUCUGAGACCUCUGAUGACCCCUUAAGUAAGCGGGCACGCACGUGUUCUAGGUGCUCCCCGCCAAGCAAGGUCACGUGUGGCAUCCCAGUGCCCAAGCGCAAUGCAAUCACAAGUUCCUACAGCUCCACUGGAGGCAUCUCCCAGCUGUGGAAGAGGAGGGGACACACCUCACCCCUCUUCUCUGGACCAGCUUCCUCUCACUGCCAGCAGCCAGAGUCCCAUGGAGAAAGGGCUACAGAUGACACCACAAGGAAGGAACACAAGUCUUCCAUGUCACUACCCACACCUGGCAGCUCUGGGAGCAGGAAACGCAAGCGGCGUGGGGACCCACUGACCUGCCCUUUACCUCCCCUGCUUGCCUAUCCUAUCACUCCUGAAGUCCAUAGAGAGAAGAAGGCCAGAUUUGAGUGGUUUAGCAAGGCUCUGGAGGACAAGACUCUUGUGGCCUCUAACUGUGUCACUAAGGAGCCUUGCCUCACUUUCACAAUGCCUGCAGCAGGGCCAGCUUCCUUGUCAUCCUCGCUCCCCACACCUGCACAAGGCCCAGGUGCUACCCCGCUGCUGGCCAGUCCGAAGACCGUGGAGAUCCCUGACUGCACACCGUCCUUACCAGGACCUGCUGAUGUAGUUAGCACUACAACCCCUGCACCAGGCCCAGGUGCUAGCCCACUGCUGGUCAGCCCAAAGACCAUGCCGAACCCUGACUGUGCACUAUCGUUACCAGGACCUGAUGAUGUAGUUAAUACUGCAACCCCUGCACCUGCCAAGCCACCCAGCCACACAUUGACCCUGCCUGCAGCAGGGCCAGCUUCCUUGCCAGCCUCCCUCCCCACCCCUGCCCCAGACCCAAGUGCUAGCCCACUUCUGGCCAGUCCGAAGACCGUGGAGAUACCUCACUGCACACCAUCCUUACCAGGACCGGCUGAUGUAGUUAAUACUGCAACCCCUGCACCUGCCAAGCCACCCAGCCACACAUCGACCCUGCCUGCAGCAGGCCCAGCUUCCUUGCCAGCCUCCCUCCCCACUCCUGCCCCAGACCCAGGUGCUAGCCCACUUCUGGCCAGUCCGAAGACCGUGGAGAUCCCUGACUGCACACCAUCCUUACCAGGACCGGCUGAUGUAGUUAGCACUACAACCCCUGCACCAGGCCCAGGUGCUACUCCAGUGCUGGCCAGCCCAAAGACCAUGCUGAACCCUGACUGCACACCAUCCUUACAAGGACCUGCCGAUGGAGUUAGCACUGGAACUCCUGCACCUGCCAAGCGACCCGGCCACAGAUUGACCCUGACCGCAGAAAGGCCAGUUUCCUUGCCAGCCUCCAUCCCCACCUCAGGCCUAAGCACUAUCCCACUGGUUGGACACUUGAAAAAGGUGCAGAAUCUACAGGCCCCACCAUCCUUUCCAGUGGCGGUUGGUGUGGUUACUACUGUAGCUCCCGCACCUCCAAAGGCAACUGGUCUUCCAGCUGUUCUUAGUCCGUCACAUUCAGUGACCUUUGCAGGAACAUCUUCAGCAGCUUCUGUGGGGAGGGCACCUACUUCCUCCCCAGUUGUACCUAUGGAUACAUCAUCCCCUCCACCCCUUCAAGCUUCAGUUUCAGUCAAAUUACAAGGCCCCCCUAUAUUUUCAGCAACUUCUGUGGGGAGGGCACCUACUUUAUCCCCAGUUGUACCCAUGGAUACGUCAUCCCCUCCAUGCCCUCAAGUUGCAGUAUCAUCCAAACUACAAGGUCUCCUCUGGCCUGCCCCACUCAAAACCCAAAGGCCCUUGGCAUCAUGCCUACCAACCAUUCCUCCCCUACUGGUCCUGGCCGGACCUCUGCCACUUCCAUGA